AUCAAAUCAUAUCGAACUAAAAUUUACGUGUCAAGCUGUUUCGGGUUCAUGUCGGCCAACUCCAAAAGCGUUGCAAUAAUUGACAAGCUGCCACAACAGUACCGCCGCUUGCUCAGGCCAUGUCCCGGCUGAAUCAAAAGACCACAGGUUUCCACUGCACCUGGACCCCACAAAUACCCGGAAGGAUGAACGAUGAUGAAUGCACUUAUGACAAAUGAAUGAAGACUGGACGAAAUAAUUCGUAAAUCGGCUUUGCACAAAAUAUGGCUUGGGUCGGUGCAAGUCAAGUGCAAGGUGUGCAGAUGUGGUGAGAGGGGUUGGCAGAAUUGGCUCGGGUAGGGGCGUUUGUACACAAGGCUAUUGCCCUCCCUUACUCGUACCAAUCAGUCAGUGCGUGUUAUUCCGGUGCUAUAUUAUCCGUAUUUAUCCGGGUGACAUGUGCGCAGAUGGGUGAUCAGAUUCGGUUGGUCGGAGUUUUAAGCCUGCGUCAGUAUUGGCAUGUGCUUCUUCGGGAAGACCAAGUACGUUGCUGCAAUAGCUUGUCUCAAGCGUGCGCUCUAUUUGGAUCCAUUCGAAUGGAUUAUUUCGUACAACUUAGGUUUGGUGCAUCUCAACACUGGGCAGUUCGCUUCCGCAUUUCACUUCUUUUCCGCGAGUAUCAACCUGAAGCCGGACUUCCCCUCUUCAUACAUGUAUUUGGCGAUAACGCUUUCCCGUUUGGACGACUUCUCCAAUGCGUGUAGUGCCUAUGAGAAGGCGAUAGAGAUGGAUUCCGACCACAUGUUUCAUUUGAACUUUGCCAUAACAUUGUUCAACCACGGAGAGCUUGCAGAGGCCAAACGGCAAUUUGUGCUGUUCAAUGAUUUGUUCCAGCAGCUGGACGAAGAGCAAAGGAACUCGGACCCAGAGGUGAAUGAGCAAAGACAGCUCCUUCAACGAGUGCUGAACAGUGCCAAGUAGUUGAGCUUCAGCUGGGAAUCACCUAGACUGAGUUUGGCUCAAACAGAGUUUGCAGAUGAUCGUCGCCUCAAUGCCAGGCGAGCCUGGUGAAAAGUUGAAUUCCACUCAUGC